AUGGCUGAUCAACUCCCACCUACACCAGCCAAACUCCUUCAGAUGGUAACUGAGUUGCAACAAGCCAACCAGUGCAUGACGGAGGAGAAUCAGCGAAUGGCAAACCCGAUUGUCGAGCUAACCAAUGCUCGGAUUGAAAACAACAACGAUGAUCGCCAAGAGCGAACCGAAGAAGCCGAGCAUCAAUCUGGUCCGACUCACGUGUCCGAAACUGCUAGGAACAAAGGAGCUCAGCUACACCACAACGAAAAAGCUUGGCCAGAAAAUGAAAACACUGUACCUGACGAUCCUGUUGGACCAUUCACAGUCGAAGUGAUGAAUUUCGAACUGUCCAGAAGGUUUACCUUACCGACGACCUUAAUUCCCUACGACGGGAUGGGCGAUCCAACAAAAUAUGUCAAGAAAUUCAGAUCCAUCAUGAUAGUAAAUGAUUCCAUUUCCCAUUUUCAGGAUCUUGCAAAGCUCUUCAAGGAGCAUUUUGUUGGCUCGGCCAUCUACCUGCAUGAUUCUGAUUACCUGAACACGAUCAAACAAGGUCAGAACGAGAGCCUUAAAGACUACCUGACUCGCUUUACAAAAGUCGCCAUGAGUAUUCCCGACCUCCACCCCGAGGUGCAUCUACACGCCCUCAAAAGUGGACUCCAUCCAGGCAAAUUUCAAGAGGCUAUUGUUGUAGCCAAACCAAAGACUUUGGCCGAAUUCCAAGAAAAGGUGAAAGGAAAAAUCGAUAUCGAAGAACUCCGACAAGCUCGAAAAGUUGACAAACCACAAUAUAAGGAAGGCGAGAAACCACGGGACAGUAAGAAAACUUUCAAACCCACUCGCCGUUAUGAGUCGUAUACUCAGUUCAAUACAAAGCACGACGACAUUAUCAAGGAGAUCUUAAAUUCCAAAUUAAUCAAGCCACUGCGAAAGGCCGGCAACUAUCCAGACUCAAAGGGUACAGACAAAUUAAAGUACUGCACUUUCCACCAGAAACAUGGACAUACCACUGAUGAGUGUGUCAUUGCCAAGGACCUGUUGGAAUGA